AUGUCGUCUCAGGUUGCGCCAUGGCUCGAAGACCUAGACGAAGACUGGGUCGAGCCGCCGUCGCUGUCAAAUCACACCACAGACCACCAAUCUGCCACUUCCGCCCAAGGGAACCAAACUUCGUCGUCCUCUAGUCGCAUCCCGCGUAGGAGUAGCGGCGCUUUCUCAAUAAACAGCAGUUCUGUCAAACAACGAAACCCGCUCAAGGACCUACCCUCCUCUCAAUCCAAUGCACAACGCCAACCAUCAGCAUCCUCAGUAGUCCACCACGACUCGGUCAAGCGCUCUCCAGCAAAACACCAGACUCUCGAAUGGAAGAAGCGUCUGGUUCGUGGUGAAAUUGGCUACGGCGACCAGACCGAUCUGUUUGGCCCAUCCGGUCUCGAAAACAUCUUCUCUCCAGCUCGUCCCACCUCUUCCAACAACCGUCCAACCUCGUCAAAUAGUCCUUCGAGGCUUCUACAACAUACCAUCAUGCCUCCAUCCAGUCCCCCGCCAUGGCCCUCGCAAAUUGAUCCUUCCCAACUAGACUCGCCCGAUGCACAAGGCACAUGCCAACGUGAAGUCCACAACACAAACUACUCCGAUCCACAAGACGAUAGUCUCAUGCGCUCUCCCAACUCUCCCAGCCAACUACAUGUCGACCGCUCGGCUUCAAAGCACCAAGGCAACCGCACUAUCAGCGCUAAUACCGAUCUGUCAGGCGAGGGCUUUAGUCCUGUCUUCUUGUCAAAGCACACGAGCUCUACGGGCGCCGUCAGCUACGCUCCUCUUGAUUCGCGUUCUGCUACCGUCAGCGCUGACGCCUCAAUCGAUGGCUUGGACUCUGAGCUCCCGUCCACACCAGGCUUCUGCAAGGCCAACAACGACACCGCUGAGAAUAUGCCAAGCGUUCCAGAAGUCUCUCUUCCCGAUGAUCUACCCACUGGCACACCUCCCAUCCCCAGUUUUCUGAGCCUGAAUAGAAUCUCUCCUUCAAGUCCCACCAAAGUCGAACCGUCAUCUGUCUACGACAAAGAUUCAGCCAUCUCUCCCAGAGAUUCUAGUCCACUCAAAGCACCUGCGACGCCAAAGUUGGGAGGCGUGGAAGAGUCCUCAUUGCUUAGCCCGCCUAAGAGCAGGCCUUCCCAAAGUCCUUUGAAGCUGUUUGGCCAGCAUGACACAUUUACCAAUAACAAGCUAUUCAGGAGGAUGAGUCAACUAGAAGGACUGGAUCCCGAUCACCCCUUGGUUUCACCUGUACACCCUUGCGACGACCCUUUCGAAGAAACGAGGUCGAACGCUGGUAGAAUCCCCAGCUCCGGUACCGUCAACACUCAAAGACGUCGUCCGUCCCAGCGUGCAGUAUCCAAUCUGAGUAGUUUUGGUGAGGGUGACUUGGAUGAGCACAACUUCGAUGCAGACAUUUCUAUACCAACUGGCUUGGAUCUGGAUGCGACUUUUGAGUCUACCGAGGGCUCGCCGCUACCAGAAGCUGUACCACCAGGCAGCACCCAUCCUUUCCGCUUCCACGUCGAGACCGCACCUCCAGUCGAAUUUUCACCCGAAGUUAGGCCCUUCAAGCUAAAGAGGAAACUAUCAAAGAGAAGCAAUACGGUCAGAUCAAGGCACUCCGAUGACGAUCAGGCGCUCGAGCAAUUCCCUGUAAUCGAUCCUUACAACAACGAGUUCGAUAUCAGGGAAGGAAAGCGUCCUCAGAGCUCCCCUGCGAAGGCUCCUACGGCGAAACGCCGACGUACAUUGAUUACAAUGGAUGGCAAGCUGCCUGAACUUGGCGAAGGCUCCGAGAUUCAUAUCAAGGUUGAUGCGCCAGCUGCAGACGACGCACAAGCUUCAGAGGACGCAUCAUCCAAGACUGUCAAUUCAGGAAGCCGAAGGGACGUUACCAGGCCUAGAAACCCUACUCCCAGUCAAAGACGCCGCGAGCAGAUUCAAGCCGAAAUUAGCGAAGCAACUUUCGAAUAUCUUUCGAACUCGCCACGCCUUGAAGCUAUCAAAGAAACCAUUGAAGAGCUUUCAGAACUGCCGGCAGAGUCUGUUGACGCCGAAAAGGCAAAGGCAGUCGCAGCUGACAUAGCAGCCUUCACCUUUGAGCACUCUAGAGAAGAGCCCGAAAGCGUACGAAAGCGUUCAUUCACCACCCAAGAUUUCCUAGACGAAGCCAUGCACAUCAUGUCAAUAAUCCGGGCCAAAGGACGACCUCAUAGUGGGUUAGACGAUGUCGAAGAGUCUAGUGGUGAGAUGGAUUUCAACACUCACCUGCAUCCUGAUGACCUUGCAAGACAAGUUGGGUCUCUACGCAUCUCGAGACCAGCUUCUCGUGAAGGCACCGAGUCUAAUUGGAGACCGAGGAGUCAAGUCAAGCAUGAUCCGAUGGUUGCCAGUCAUCUGGAGCAGUUCCGUGAGAAGGACACUCUCAAUCUUGUGGACGCAUCUCUUCGGUCACUCAAAAUCGACGACACUUCAGCUGUUGACUUCAACCACGAAGACGUGUCGACUCAAGAACUUGAACAUGCGCCGAUUAUCGAGCCUGGUUGGAUUGGUGGACAUAUCCGAGCAUACUCGAACGCUUCGCAACAAGGAGCUCCUUCCAGCCCGACCAAGUCACAGCAUGGGUCGCAUCCAUCUCUUGACUCUUCCAGCGGAGCACGUACAAUGGGGUCUACUUCUUCAAGAGAUUGCGUGGCGAAUCUAUCUCCUGAAAAAGUUGCUCACCUGAUACCUGAACAAAUUGCUGGAAUGACCUAUGACAAGGAAAAGCAGAUCUGGGUAAAGGCAAGACAUCUGAAGCCGCCGACCUUUGACUACUAUCACCAGCCGAGCAACGUCAGCAGCGAGGACGAUCCAUUUGCUUACAUUCCCGACUUGACUGUCGACGAAAUCAAGGAGAUCCAGCGCAUCCAGCAAAUGCAAGCACGUCGUCAAGGCCUCGUACAGCAAGAUCAAUCUGAGUACGAAGAGUUUGAUCAAUACACAGAACUUCCGCAACAAGUACCCGACGGCGCCCCUCCUCAAAGACGAGAGGCAACUGGUUCAAGACCUACCACUCGUGACAGCAACGCGCCUCAUCCAUUCACAUCAAGUACUGCUCCUUCGAGGUAUUCGGCUUUUGCUUCGAGUCAGCAGCAGCAGUUCGACACUCGUGCCACAUCCUGGAGCAACGAAGAGUUGGCAAACAUAGCCAGGGCUAAGCAGCAACACACACAAACUGGUGACGGGCUUCGCGACCUUGCUACUGUCAACAUACCCCAGAACAUCUCGGAGGUGACUGAAGUAGUCCAUGAUGAAUCCGUGAUCGCUCACGACCAAUCGCAAAUAUCCCACGUCUCGCAUGAGGACUCAUUGCUAGAUGAGCUCUUGAGUGAGGAUGAUGAGCUCCUCAACGAGGAUUCGAUAACGGAAGAGUUACCCGCGCCUAAGCAGCGUGGUAGCGGCAUUCCCAUUCCAUCCUGGCCUCUACGUUCUCCACAGCCUGCACGUCGUGGUGGACUGAGAAAUUCGUCAUUAAGGCGACAGACCUUCCAGAGAGGCUACAACUCUGGGCAAGACCAGAGAGAGGUGUCGUUUGUUGCAACUUUCCCUGACAAGCGCACUAUGAGCGUUUCUGUGGUUGCUCAGCCUGCUCCAACGAUGGCUGUACCUAACCAAGAGUAUGGCGUCUCUUCUCCUGCUCGUAUGGACGGUACAUUCUACCUCAGCGAUCUACCCGAUUUCACCGUUAACGACGUUGAUGAGGAACGCCCAUCUGAGAAGGCCUUAGCCAGACGAGUGGCUCGCACGAAUAGUGGAGAUAGAUAUGCUAUGGCCGUUCAAAGUCUUGUAAAGACACUCACAGAUGUCGAGCCUGAUGAGCCCUACUGGGAGGACAUCAAACAGCUAAACCUUCGCGAAAGGGGUCUCGACUCUGUUCACAACUUGGAAGACUUCUGCACACGUCUCGAGGAUCUCGAUCUAUCAAGCAACAAUGUCGCUCACCUUGAAGGUGCGCCGACUUCUAUUCGCAGACUCAACCUUCGCUCGAAUGCGCUGAGUAGUCUUACAGCUUGGAGCCACAUGAUCAACCUGCAGUAUCUCGACAUUUCCAACAACCAAGUCGAUAAUCUCGGCGGGUUGUGUAUGCUUGUUCAUCUUCGAGAACUGCGCGCUGACAACAACCAAAUCGCGAGUCUCGAUGGUAUUAUGAAUAUGGACGGUUUGCUUAAGCUGUCUGUGCGUCGUAAUCAGCUAUCGAGAGUGGACUUCGAAGGAUGUCAAUUGACUCGCCUGGAGGAACUGGACUUGAGCAGUAACAAGCUGUCUCGUGUCUCAGGCUACCAGGCAUUGUCAUCAUUGGAGCGCUUGGUCUUGGACGACAACAAGCUCGAACACCUUGCGGCAGCCAAGGAUGACUUUGCCGGCUCCAGAUUAUAUUGUUUGUCUCUGCAGAAGAACAGACUGGCCACUCUUGAUGUCUCAAACUUCACCAACCUGAAUUACUUGAACGUUGACGAGAACAAGUUGUUGACUGUUCAGGGCAUAGAACAUCUUUAUCAUAUUGACAUGCUGUCUCUGCGCAAGCAAGAUCUCAAGCAUGCCGAUGCCCAGCAUUUGACUAUCUUUGAGCAGCGAGUAUCCGCUCGCUCCUUGUUCUUGUCCUCGAACAUCAUCCCCACUCUUGAUUUGCAACACUCUUACCACAGUAUUCAAAAUUUGGAGAUGGCAUCCUGCGGGCUACAAGAUCUGCCCAACGACUUUGGACUGAAAUUCCCCAAUCUGCGCAUGUUGAACAUCUCCUUCAACGCCAUAACAGACAUUCGCCCACUCCUGAACAUCACAAGAUUGGAGAAGCUGCAUGCUUCGGGCAAUCGCAUUGCACGACUUCGCAAGACAGUCGCUGUGCUAGCACGUAUGCCGCAUCUGCGCAAAACAGAUUUCAGGGACAACCCUAUCACACAUGGCUUCUACGCGCCCAUCUCUGUGGCUAAGAACGCCGUCAGCACUGUUAUCGAUGCUGAAGAAACAUUGUCGGAAACACAGCUGCAAUUGCAACUAGCCAUGUCGCAUCGCCUACCAAACGCCGAUCACGCGACUGAUGCCGAGCAUCUCGCCCGUCUAGACGAGGACACCAAACUACGACGACGCGUCUAUGAGAUUCUGCUCAGCAACGGCUGCAAGAACUUGUCUACCCUCGACGGUUUGUCGUUUGCCAAAGACAGAGCGUUGAUCAGAGAUGGAGUAUGGGAAAGAUUGCUCAAAUUGGGAGUGUUUUCUGCGGUCUUUGAGUUCGUCGGUGGUGGUGGCGGUGGCACUACCAGGGUUGCAACCUCAGCAGCUGGUUUUCCAUUUUUGGCUAUUCCAUCCACAAAGCAUUGA